GAUAAUCCUUUAUUAGUCCCGCAGUGGGGACAUUUACAGGCCAAAUUACAUAACAUCUGCACGCACUUUAGCUUUAAAUUCGUCGAUAAUUAUAGUAAUAUACAGCACAUAAGUCAUGUACUACACCUUGAUGGAGGUACACUACAUGGCCAAAAGUGUGUUGAUACCCAUGUUAACAUACUUCCGGUUUGUGCCUGUCUUUCAUGGUUUGAAUCAGGCCCUUCUGUUCAGGGUAAGGGAUGUGUUAAUGUGUUAACAGUUUGGAGAAGGCCCUCUCCUGUUUCAACAGAACAAUGCCCCCCUGUGCACGAAACCAGGACCUUUUAAAGAAUUGAUUUUCCCAGUUUGUUGUGGGAGAACUGGUGUGGGCUUCACAGAGCCCUCAAUGGUGUAUUGUUUGUCUGUCCACUUACUUUUGGACAUAUAGUGUAGUCAAGCGCUGGGGCAACUUUGAGCAUGCCUAAACAAAAAUCUCUAAAUGGUGGUGUCGGGUCUUGGAACACAUAGUUGAGAACUAAAUGUCCUUCUUUUGUCUGGUUUCUCCUACAGCACUGUGCAACCCCCUCCUGUCCUUACAGGUGACACAUCAUCCCAGCUGUAGCUCCACCAUGAACACAAAAUCAUGUGUGUUUCUGCUCCAGCUCUCCAGGACGGGGCUCAGAGCCGCUUGUCUCCCUCGCGUCCCGCCUGUCCCCCGCAGUCACUCAUACUCCAGCAGCAUUAAGGUGCGCCCCUAUCUUCAGUACCUAAAACGCAAGAUCAUAUCCCCUCCCAGUCCUCCGCACAGCCACGUGUGCCAGGUGGGGGACCCGGUGCUGCGUGUGCGCGCGGCUGCCGUUGACCCAGCAGUUGUAACCGACCCUGAGAUCCAAAGGGUCAUCGGCACUAUGGUGAAAGUGAUGCGGAACCUGGAGUGCGUGGGACUGAGCGCGCCUCAGAUUGGGGUGCCGCUCCGCAUUGUGGCCCUGGAAUAUCCCGAGAAGAUGUUGAAGGAGAGUUUGCCCGCGUCCAGGGAGAUCCUCGGCCUCUCCGUCCAGCCGCUGAGGAUCUUCGUCAACCCCCUGCUGACGGUCCUCGAUGGACAGACUGCGCUCUUCCAGGAGGCCUGCGAGAGCAUCUCUGGCUUCUCCGCCGCAGUUCCACGCUACCUGUCAGUGGAAGUGUCUGGUCUGAACGAGAAGGGGGAAGCCGUCACAUGGCGGGCCAGCGGCUGGUCAGCUCGGAUCCUCCAGCACGAGAUGGACCACCUGGACGGGGUCCUCUACGUCGACCGCAUGGACAGCAAGACCUUCAUUAACAUCAGCUGGCAGGAACACAAUGAAUAGCGGACCCUCAGGUCAGACCACAAGCAUUUCCAUAAGAAUCUGUAAGAACUGACGAGUUCACACCAUCUCCUACGCUGUGUCGACGCUUCAUCUUUCAUGUGAAAGAUCUUCCAGCCCGCUGAAAGUGACACAUUUUGGUUUCUGGUUGGAACAAGUUCAACUGGAACUCCAUCACUGUCUGAUGAACAAAGAGGCCGAUACGCUCGUGAUAAAGAGUGAAUGCUGAACGUCUGUCCCCAUCCCAAUGAGUGAAUACGACUGUGACACUGCUUAGGGGCAAAGGACGUUUACCACUUCUUCCUCAAUGACUUGUGAAACGUGUCGCUCUCUUGGUUUUGCAUGAGAAUGGGGGGGAAAUGGGGAAAAUCCACACGAUCUUGAUCAAGUUUGGACAGAGGACUAGGGACGUGUCUGGGACAUGAGUGGGCAUGACUCAGGACAAACACAAGUGGAUCUUUUUCUUUGAUUUUCAGAGAUCUCUGGAUGCAUGGGACAUUAAAUCGUAUGUGUCAUUGCAAAUUGAGUGAAAAAGCUGCAUUAUAUUGCAAACGCAAGUGAAUAAAAUGGAUAACCCCGUUCUGAAA